AUGCAUCUUCCGCAACUAUGGCGGCCGUUGGUUCUGGCCCUCCACGCCGCAGCCCCGGCCCUCGCGCAGGUCUUUGAUACGUAUGCCACCUUCAACGCCCUGGCCGGCAACGGCGACUCUACGGACGCGGCCCUGCUGGGCAACUACUACAACUACUGGAAGCUCCUCAGCACCAAUGCGACCACCAACAGGACGACGUGGGACCUCACACGGUCCGCCCGGAUGGCCACGACCUCCCCGAAGGAGAUUCCCAUGUCGGGCAACCGCGCCUCGGCCAUCAUCGAGCCGUCCCGUUCCGCCUUCGUCAUCAUCGACAUGCAGAACUUUUUCCUGCACCCCAAGCUCACCCCGAGCGCCACGCUCGGCCGCGCCGCCGUCGGGCCCACCGUGAACCUGAUCAACGCCUUCCGCGAGAGUGGCGUCAAGAUCCUGUGGACCAACUGGGGUUUCGACGACUACGACCUCAUCAUCUCGCCGCCCGUCGACCUCGACGGGUUCUCCGACGACCACACCCGGGCCACGAGCUUCUGCUCCGACAUGGGCACCAUCGAGGGCGACAACGGCGAGACGGUGCAGGUUGGCAAGAAGCUGUGCCGGGGCAGCUGGAACGCGAGGCCGUACGGGGACCUGGAUGACGAGAUGGUCCGCGGCGUGGAGCAGGGGACGGAUUUCUACUUCAACAAGAAUCGGGUGUCGGGACUGUGGGGGGCCCAGACCCCGCUUGGCCUGUACCUCCAGGAGAACAGCAUCACGACGCUCUUCUUCGGCGGCGUGAACAGCGACCAAUGCGUAUGGGGCGCGCUGUUGGACGCCUACUACAAGGGCUUCGACGUGGUCUACGUGCCGGACUGCGCCGCCACCAUCAGCCCGUGGUACGCGGAGCAGAUGGUCCGGUACAACGCGGAUCUGAACGGCUUCAUAGCCAACAGCAGCGACAUCAUCGCCGCGCUGAAGGGCUGA